UUUUCAGAUUUAAUUCCAGGAUUGCAAAAUCUUGGAAAUUCUUGUUUCUUAAAUGUAGUCCUUCAAGCUUUGGCUUCUUGGUCCUCAUUUCUUCAUUGGUUAGAAGGAAUUUCCACAAAAAAUAAGUUAUCAAAUAAACCAAACUAUAGUCUGGUUGAUGCAUUGUAUCAAACAUUGAAAGAACUAAAUAAUCAGAACAGCCACGAUGUAUAUAGUCCUGUCAAUGUCAUUGAAGCUUUACAAGCAAGAAGAUGGGUUAUAACUAGUGAAGAACAGGAUGCUCACGAGCUAUUUCAUGUAUUAACUACUACAUUAGAAGAAGAAUUAUUGCCUCAUUUGUCUGUAUUGUCACUUUCUGAUGUAAACCAAUUAGUGGAUAAAGUAGAUGUUACGGAUCACCAGACAGGAAAAAUUAUAAACAGAUUUUCUUAUCCUCAAACUAAAGUUCUUAAGUAUGAAUGUCCAACAAGAGGACUUCUUGCUAGUCAAUUAAGAUGCAAAACAUGUGGCUACAGGUAUCCCAUCUGUUAUGACACUUUCGACAGUAUUUCUCUCACCAUCCCAAAUCCUCAUUUUGGCCAUCUAAGAAUACAAGACUGUUUAAAGAAAUUUAUAUCGUGUGAACUUGUUCAGGAUGUCAACUGUGAAGGAUGUGCCAAUAAACAAAACUGCAAAAACUCUAAUGAUCAAAAUUCCUAUAAAUCUACAUUUAUUAAGCAGUUAACAAUUGGCAAGCUGCCAGUAUGUUUGUGCUUCCAUAUUCAACGAACUAUUUGGUUGAGCAACGGCAUGCCAAUAAAAUGUUCAGAUCACGUGGCUUUUCCCGAACUUCUGAGCAUGGACGACUAUGUGUAUCAUGGAGGGAAAAACAAAAAUAUGGAUGGAGUCAUCUAUCCUUGGACACGCUUAAUUGGUGGAAGUCACUUUGAUUGUAAUAAAACAACAGACAUUGGAGAAAAUGAUUUGAAAUCUAAACAAAAAAUUCUUAUGGAUGCAUUUAGAAGACAUUCUAUUCCAAAUCCUGAAUCUCUUAGCAUUUCUUCAGAUGGAAGGAAAACUUUAGGAGGCCAAAAUUACCUUUACCUGUUGAAAGCAGUCAUUGUGCAUUUAGGUAAUGUUUUCUCUGGACAUUUCAUUGCAUACCGACGUAGUUCAAUCAACCGACAACGAUGGUUUUACAUGUCCGACACCAUGGUCAGAGAAGUCCAAAUUUCCGAAGUUCUACAGUCGUCGGCAUACAUGCUGUUUUACGAAAGGAUUUCUUAAAAACUCCCAAGAAUUGGAAGUAGUAAUAUAUUUGUGAAAGAUGAUUUAAGCAUAGAGAUUUUAUAAGAACUAAUUUAUGAAAUUGAGUUCACCGAGUUUAGUGAACUCGGUUUUUGUAAUAUAACAUUCACCAACUUGCAGAUAAUUAAUUUAUUAUUCUUUUUUAAAUAUCAUUUUACUGUUUUCACUUCAAUUUUACAUGAGAAUAAUAAUCAUUUUACUUAGGAAUUAGAAAAAAAUAUAUAUUUGAGAUUUUAUACUAAUUUGGCAAAGAUUAACUUACAUUUUGAAAAAUUUUGCUGCAAAGAUGAUGAUUUAACCUAAGUUUUUAUAUACUUUACAAGGCAAUUUUUCAUUAGGUAAGACAUGUUCUUCAUAUGGCCUUAUUCAGAUUCACUAAAAUUGAUGCAAAAAAUUCUCAAGUUGAACAAAUUUGUAAAUUUUUUAACAUAGGGUGCUGCUAACUUUUUCAAUUGACACGACAUUGUUUGAUUUCAAUAAAUAAUUUAUAACAUUCUUCAAAUCUUACAAAACUCUUGAUGUUUCAGUUAGCAUUUUUCUCUCCUAACUUAACAAUAUUAAAACUGUUACAUUAACAGAUAAAUAUCUUCACACAGACUCAACUUAUAUUAAAAUAUCAAUAUCUAAUAGACUUCUUAUUAUACAAUUACAUAUCAUGACAUUUUCAAGUACAAUAUUUUAGUUAAAAGUUUUCAUUAAAACUAAAUAUUGUCGAUUAAAAGCAAGUUAACGAAGCAUAUAUAUUUCAGAUAUUGGUUCUGUUCAAACUGCCUACAACCCUAUUUAUUUUUUAUUUAAGGAACGCAACCACUGGACGAAAAGUGUCGACCUUGUUAUUUUUUAAGUCUUGGCAAAGUUUGCGCCAAGAAAAUUUUUGUACGAUAUGUGAAUAGUAUACUAUAUAUAUACAUACACAUUAUAUAUAAAUAUAUAUCUUAUAAAUUUAUAUAAAAUUGCAUAAGUUAACUAUUUAUGUCCAAAUAAAGGAAUGCCAUUCUCGUUGAUUAUGAAAAUGUGUUAGUCCCGCCUGUGAUAAUUUGUAAAUCAUUUUGCUAAUGAUUAAAUCAUUCAUACUAUACAUGCAAUUCAUAUAAUAAAAUGAUCAAGUUAA